AUGGGGAAGAGUGUAAAGAGAGAAGCAGGGCAAGCUGAUGCAUCCAUGGUGAGUGGCGGUUCUGAAAAGCACACGAAAAAGAAGAGGAAAAACACGGAAAAAGGUGAAGAAUCAAUAAACAACGCAGUACCUUUAGCAACUGAAAAGCCCACCAUCACCAUUGCUCUUCCUGGAUCCAUUAUCGACAACGCUCAGUCCCUUGAGCUCGCGACCCGCUUAGCUGGACAGAUUGCACGCGCUGCUACAAUUUUUCGUAUUGAUGAGGUGGUUAUAUUUGAUAACAAGCGCGUAUCCAGUGAUGUAUCAGCCGAAACAUUGGAGAAUGAUUCGGGCGAGGAUGAGAGUGGUGCUGCCUUUCUUGUGAGAAUCUUGAGGUAUCUUGAGACUCCGCAGUAUCUGAGAAAGAGUCUUUUCCCAAAACAUAACAGUUUGAGAUUUGUGGGACUUUUGCCCCCACUCGAUGCUCCACACCAUCUGCGCAAGCAUGAAUGGGCUUCUUACAGGGAAGGUAUCACACUGGAAAAGGUGGAUCAGGGUUCUGUGGGGACACUUGUUGAUGUGGGUCUCAGCAAGAAUGUUAUAAUCGAUCAAGUUCUUGAACGUGGAAGAAGAGUUACAGUGGAUAUGGGGACAGAUCGCAAUCUAGAUGCAGGUCCACGGAAAAUUGUCCCUUCUUUGACGCCUAGGGAAAAGGGAAUGUACUGGGGAUAUAAGGUCCGAUACGCUCCAAACAUUAGUUCUCUGUUCAGAAACUGCCCAUACCAGGGAGGGUAUGAUUACCGGAUCGGUACCUCAGAACAUGGGGUAGCUAUUAAACCUUCGAAGCUUGCUCUACCAUCAUUCAAGCAUCUUUUGAUUGCUUUUGGUGGACUUGCGGGGUUGGAAGAAUGUGUUGAAGAAGACGCAAAUCUGAAGGGGAAAGAUGUUCACAGCAUAUUUGACUCCUUUUGCCACCGUCGUCCUCCGCCGUUAGCCAUGGCCAAACAAGUACAAACCGACCUCUCUCCCGUUCUCAAGCUCUACACCGACGGCACGGUCGAGCGUCUCUUCGGCUCUGCCCACGUCCCGCCAUCACUGGAGGACGCCUCCACCGGCGUCUCCUCCAAGGACACCGUCAUUUCUCCGGAGGUUUCCGCCAGAAUCUACCUCCCGAGGAUCGCCGACGGCCGCCGGAAGAUCCCGAUCUUGGUGUACUACCACGGGGGCGGAUUCUGUGUGGAGUCCGCCUUCUCCUUUCUCGUCCACCGCUACAUCAACCUUGUGACCGCCGCCGCCGGAGCACUGGUGGUCUCCGUCGAGUACCGCCUGGCCCCCGAGCACCCCUUGCCGGCGGCGUUCAAUGACUCGUGGGAAGCCCUAAUAUGGCUAUGCUCGCACGGUGAUGAAAAUACCCAUUUCGAAAAGGACGAGUGGAUCACCGACCACGGGGACCUCAACCAGAUCUUCGUCGGCGGCGACAGUGCCGGCGGGACCAUAGCCCACAACAUCGCCCUGCGCGCCGGGUCGGAUCCCCUUCCCGGAAACACCAAAAUCGCCGGCGCAAUCCUUUCGCACCCGUAUUUCUUGGGAUCCGACCCGAUUGGAAACGAACCAAAAGAGGGCAUGGACCAGACCUUACUCUACAGGCUGUGGGUAUUCGCGCACCCGACGGCCGCCGGAGGGAUCGACGACCCGCUGAUCAACCCACUUUCCGACCCGGCGCUAUCCGGGCUGGGAUGCUCCAAACUGAUGGUCUGCCUGUCGGAGAAGGACCAGCUCACGGCGAGAGGUUUGGCCUACGCGGAGAAGGUGAAGGAGAGCGGGUGGAAAGGUGAAAUUGAGGUGGUGGUGGUUGACGGCGAAGACCAUUGCUUUCAGAUUUUCGAUCCGGAAACUGAGAAGGCCAAGGAUCUGAUCUGCCGCAUCGCAAAUUUCAUUUUAGGGAGUGGGAAUUAG